UGCUUGCAAAAUCAGUACAAUUUCUAGUUUCGUCCAAUGAUGAAUGUGUUUUUGGUUUUGAGUUUACUGAUUGCUGCGACUAACGCUGUUUCUACGAGGAUCAGUAAUGGCGAAGUAGCGUCCGCUCAGGACUUCCCAUCUGCGGUGGGAAUACUGAUCUCUGGAUCUUCAGAUCACUCCUUCUGUGGAGGCAUCCUGAUUUCUACGCGUUUCAUUCUAACCGCUGCUAGAUGUGUCUCAGGGACGAACACCUUGACGGUUGUUGUCGGAGCGAGUGACAUGACCAGGAUUGUGGAAGUCAUUCCAGUACUGAACAUUCCAAUCCACAUCAUAAUCCAUCCGAACUACAGCUCGUUCUUCAACCGGGACGACAUAGCGAUCGUUCAGCUAUCUCGCCCAGCGGUAUUGGGAGACUACGUACAGGUUGCGCGCCUACCCAGGCGGUAUCAUGCCACUUUCACUUUCACGGGAUGGAACUCGACGAUCGCGGGCUGGGGCAGUUCUGGAAACCGGGACAAUGAACCGCUUCCUCAACAGCAUCUUCACUUUGCCCAUGGCGAGGUGAUCAGCAACUUCGUCUGUGGCCUGUCGCACAGCUUCGUCCGGGAGGGUCACAUUUGCACCGCUACGGAUGAGGGUGGACCGUGUGAUGGUGACGAGGGUAGUCCAAUAUAUGCGCAAGUUGAUGGACAGACGUUGCUGAUCGCUGUACAUUCGUUCCACUACAGCGGUAUCCGUGGAUGUGAUCGCGGUAGAUCUGCGGUGAACACGCGUGUGACGGAGUACUUGGACUGGAUCGGACAGAACACUGACGUUGAAAUUCUUAAUUGAUGGAGAUCGGCAAUAAAAAACGUUUUCAUACAAAACUGUAAAACAAUAACAGUUUUGAAUUUGAA